CUCUUUGCCUUGCCCCCCAUGUCGUCCAAGGGUGCAGUCGACGACCUCUACGGUGACAUUUACGGAGACGAAGAGUUGGAAAUUCUCGACUCCGAAGCCCAGCUCGUCGAUGCUCCUGAAGUCGCCCCCAUCGCGUCAGUGUCCACGAAGCCUGAGCCCCACCAUGCCCUCCCCCCCAAACCUGUUUCUCAAGCUGCAAGUUCCCCAGCGACUUCCAACUCAAAUUCCCUGUCGUACUCUGCACAAAUAGCCCAGCAGUUCUCCGCCUACAAACAAACCCCAAGCCAGGAACGACAACAAAGACCACCAGAAGCAGCGACCUCUACGCCUAUUCCAACGUUCGAAAACCUCGAAACUUCCCCCAUACCGACCCACGCCACGCAAACCUAUGUCUCGGGUGAUACCGUGUUUGGCAAAAAGCCGUCCGAGAUGCACGAUUCUGGCAAAAUGUUUAUCGGUGGCCUUAACUGGGAAACUACAGAUGAAGGUCUAAGAAACUAUUUUUCGCAGUUUGGCAAGGUCGACGCAUGCACCAUCAUGCGCGAUCCGUCUGGGACAUCUCGCGGGUUUGCAUUCAUGACCUUUGAGGACGCAGCCUCCGUCUCGUUGGUCCUCGGAAAGGAACAUGUACUGGAUGGCAAAGCGAUUGAUCCAAAACGCGCGAUACCGCGUGAGGAGCACCUCCGCAAUACGCGUUACUUUGUGGGUGGGCUGUCCCCAAACACGACAUCGGAGUCCAUGAAGGCUUUCUUUAGCUCCUAUGGCAAGGUGGUCGACGCCACAGUGAUGGUCGAUCGUGAAACAGGCCGUGGUAAAGGUUUUGGAUUCGUCACUUUUGAAGACGCGACGAAUGCCGACCAGCUCGUUGGUAAGCUUGGGCUGCAAAUCGACGAUAAGGAGAUUGAGGUUAAGAUGGCUCAGCCACGAAGCCAACGCGAUCGGGAGCGAACUGGCCCUAACAACUCCUCCCAGCAGCAAGUCAGCGCCAUUCCGACGUUUAGCAGUCAGACACAACAGCAACCACAGCAGCAGCAGCAACAGCAGGUGCCGAUGCCAAUACCGAUGAUGUUUGCGCGUCCGGGGAUGAUGAAUGGCAUGGCUGGGAUGAACGCGAUGGGUAUGGGUGGAAUGGGAAACAUGAUGGGGGUCAACCCGAUGAUGAUGGGUAUGAACCCAAUGAGCAUGAUGGGAAUGGGUAUGAUGAACGGAAUGGGUGCGAUGAAUAAUAUGGCGAUGAACAACAUGGCCCAAAUGGGAAUGGGUGGGCCGAUGCGGAUGGGAAUGGGUGGACCGAUGGCGGCAAUGGGCGGGGCGGGGGCGAUGGGAAUGGGAAACAUGACCAUGCCUACACUUCGUGGUGGAAUGGGCAUCAACUUUGGCAGGACACCCGCCAUGACGAAUGGCUCGGGCGGCCCAGCACGGAUAAGCACUCGGGGCCAACACAGCUUCCACCCAUAUUCCAGGUAG